CUCCUCCCCUGUGACUAGUAGGAUUAUUGCUGGGGCUGCAGUUGCUGAGUGGAGGAACUGAUGUUUCAGAUGCCGGUGACCUUCGAGGAGGUGGCUGUGUAUUUCACUGAGGUGCAGGGGGCUCUGCUGAAACCCAGACAGAGAGGCCUCUACAGGGACGUCAUGCAGGAGAACUAUGAGACGGUGACCUUGCUGGUAUUCCCCAUUCCCAAACCUGACCUGAUCCCCGGCUGGAACAAGGGGAAGAGCCGUGGGUUCCAGAUCUCCAGGCUGUUGAGAAAAGGGAAAGCCCGAGAGGCACCUGCACAGCAGGAGAUAGGACAGUGAGUGAAAACAUGGAGGAGACUCAGCAGCAGGAAGGUCCUGAGGAAGUGGAACUGCAUGAGAGGUUUUUGAGAAGAACUGAAGGGAAUUUUUCCCAGUGCUUGGAACAGGGAGAAGCCUGGGGUGAUCGACACAGAUCAGAGAUGCAACUGAGAAACUAUCCCGGGAAGAAACUGGAUGAAUCCACUGAACGUGAGGGAGGAUGGAAGGAUCCCAAGGAAACCACAGUCCAACAGACAAGACAUAAUGAAGAGAAACCCUACAAAUGCCUUGAGUGUGGGAAAAGAUUCCGUUUCAGUGCAAACCUUAUUAAACAUUGGAGAACCCACACAGGAGAGAAGUCCUAUGAAUGCUUGGACUGUGGGAAAAGCUUCAGUGAGAAGUCACACUUCAUUACACACCGGAGACUGCACACAGGAGAGAAACCCUAUAAAUGCCUGGAGUGCGGGAAAAGCUUUAAUGAGACGUCACACCUUAUGUCACAUCACAGAACCCACACAGGAGAGAAGCCCUAUAAAUGCUUAGACUGUGGGAAAAGCUUCAGUAGGAAGCCUUAUCUUAUUAAACACCAGAGACUGCACACGGGAGAGAGACCCUAUAAAUGCCCCAAGUGUGGGAAAGGUUUUAUCGAAAGUUCAUCCCUUAAUAAACAUGAAAGAAUCCACACCGGAGAAAGACCCUAUACAUGCCUUGAAUGUGGGAAAAGUUUCAUUCAGAAGUCACAACUUAUUAUACACCAGAGACUGCACACAGGAGAGAGACCUUAUAAGUGCCUUGAGUGUGGGAAUGAUUUCAGUAGUCGCUCCCACCUUAUUAAGCAUCAGAAAAUCCACACAGGUGACAAACCCUAUAAAUGCCUCGAUUGUGGGAAAAGUUUUGUUGACAGAACAAAACUUACCACUCAUCAGAGAAUCCACACAGGAGAGAGACCCCAUAAAUGUUUAGACUGUGGGAAAAGCUUUAUUGAGAAGUCACAACUUAUUCUACACCAGAGACUGCACACAGGAGAGAGACCUUUUCAAUGCUGUGAAUGUGGGAAAAGUUUUAUUCGGAGCACAGUGCUUAUUACACAUCAGAGAACCCACACAGGAGAGAGACCUUAUAAAUGCCUUGAGUGUGGGAAAGAUUUUAGCGAGAGCUCAAAGCUUAUUACACAUCAGAGAUCCCACACAGGAGAAAGACCCUACAAAUGCUUGGACUGUGGGAAAACUUUCAGUCAGCGCUCAUACCUUACUAAACAUGGGAGAAUCCACAUGGGAGAGACACCUUAUAAAUGCCUUGACUGUGGGGAAAGGUUCAGUAAGAGCUCAGAGCUUACCAAACAUCAGAGAAUCCACAAGGGUGAGACACCCUAGGAAUAGCCUGACUGCAGACACACAUCAGGGACCUACACAACAGAGAAACCUUGAAUGUGGGGGAAGCUUCAUUUGGUGCUCCCAGAGUAUCAGGCAUCCGCAAAUCCGCACAGGGAAGAAACCUCUGAGGUGUUUUCAAGGGGGAAAAUGCUCCAAGUGGAGCUAACACCAUGUUGGACAUCAGAGACUCCUCCCUACAGCAGGGAAAUUCUCUGAGUGACCUGACUGGGGCCGGCCAUGGUGACAAACCCAUUUCCUCGUUCCCACACACAUCAGGGGCGUUUGGCUCCCAAGGAUUCAACUGCCCAUCGCUGCGGUGAGGAUCCAGCAGCAGCGGAGCAUCAGUUGGUCAGUGACCCUCUGGCUCCGCCUGGUCUCAGCAAACCCCAGGCAGAGGAGGAGAAGCCCCCAUCAGCCCCUCCUCCCGGCUGCAGCUCUGGCUGCUGAGCUGAUGGGCCACAGGUGGGGGAAGGGAGACAGAGAAACUCCUCCAGCCGCUCCCUCUGCCUGGCUGAAGUUCCCCCCCCUCCCUUCCCCUCCCAACCAGGAUCCCCCUGCCAUGGAGAUGAGGAGAAGGACCCUUGGGCCAGGCCCCACCUUCACUCUACACACCUGUCCUCAUCCCCCAUCUUCCACCAGCCCCUGGGCUGGGCUCCCCCACUGACCUGGAGCUGUUCCCUGCAGGGGGAGUGUCCCUGGGGGCUGGUAACUCCUCCCCUCCCUGAAUCCCCCAGGGUGCUUGGCUCUGGGGGAUCAAACAUUAAAGGACCAGGGCGAUGGGUUGUGGGGAGGACACUGGGGAUUGAAUAGUUGGGGCUGGUGGAGCAGGGAAGCUGGGUGCUGGGGUAUCGAGUGUUUGGGGAUCAUGGUAUAAGAGGCGAGGGAGAGCACAGGGGUAGAGAGGUGCUGCCUCAUCACUCUGCCCCUUCUCCCUGCCCCCUCUGCAUUGAGACAGCAUUUCUGAGAGGGAGUGAUUUCCACAGGGCCCUUUGUGGGAGGUCUGGAGAUCCCACUUCUGUUUCCGCAGCAUCAGCCUCUGUGUGUCUAUGGUAGGAAAUGUGGUCAGGAUUAGCCAGCACAACUCUGUGACCCUGCACCAGAUUUCCUAGUGUAAACUCUCCUUGAGCAUCUUAUGUGUAAGGCUAAGAUUUUGUCAUGGAUAUUUUUGGUAAAGGUCAUGAACAGGUCACGGGCAAUAAAGAAAAAUUCACAGAAGCCUGUGACCUGUCCAUGACUUUUACUACUCAUAUCCGUGACAAAAUGGGGAGGGAGAAGGCUCCAGCACCUAUCGUUGCUGGGGAUCUGGGGUCCCAUGUUGGGUGGGGAGGUGCGGGGGCUCUGGCUGGGUCUCAGAGGGCCUUCCCCCCUGCCGUCUGCAGCUCGGUGCUCCGGAGGUGCCCCGCAACCCAUGGCAGUUAGGGAGCUAUGGGGGGCCCAAGCUGCCUGCAGUUACUCAGAGCUCUGGGAGCCACCCAUUGCGGCCAGGAGCUGUGGGGUAACCCCACGGCUUGCAGCAGGUCAGAGCUCUGGGGGGCAGCUUUCGACUGCCAUGAAUGGCAGGGGGACCCCACAGCUCCGAGCCACCAUGGGCUGAAG